GUGAAACACUGAUAGACAAUAAAAGCAAUUACACACAACACCCUCUCACAUGUCAUUUCUAUUCAUAUCAAUUCGGGUUUCAUUACACCACAAUCCAAUUCAAACUGGAGACAUUUAUUUUUGACAUAGUGGCCAUUAAAAGAGUAACCCUGGUCAUAAAUGUCUACAAGAUAGGAGAGACUUAAUCAAUCCAUUGGUCUUGUUCACUCUUUCCACAUCUCUGUUUUCCUCUCUCCCUCUCUCUUACUCACACACACAGUACUGAGCCCAGGAUACUGAAUAAAACCGGUUUAGUUUAUCACUGGACAAUCUUUCCAAGCAUUUUACCUUUUGCUUUCUUUAAUUUCAAAGCAAGAAGGACAGUAAUAUAUCUAACUGCCACACUUUUUUCCUGAAUGUAAGAGAGAUUAGACUGAAGUAUUGCCAGUACUUGAGAAUGAGAGAGUUAAAACAUUUGCCAUUUCAAAUAAGACAUACACUGAGAGCAAAAUAGAUAGGUUUGUACAGAACGGCAUGCAAGUUAUACCCUGUACAGUAUAAACGGAAAUUCAGCUUAAGUUAGACCUUUAGCAUUCUAUUGAAAAUGCAUCAUAUUCACGCCCAAGAUCAGACUCUGCGGUUUUUAUUUGUGAUGCUAUGGGCUAAGUGAAACCCGAAAUAGAGCAUAUCUGGUGAAAACCUCUUCAAGAGUUGCAAAGAUAUAACUUGAGUGACAAAAUAAAGAACAGAUGAAUCUAAGCUACAUAACUACAUUCAUUUAAAUGUUAUAAUAAUCUAUGGUUGUGCAUUAAAAAAAAAGAUUUUGUGCAUCGAUUAAACACAAAAGUUGCCUUUUUAGGCCAGCAAUGAACAUCCAUCAUGACCCUCACCAGCCUGCUUAGUUAAAAUCAGUGGGUAUUUUAGAUGGACAGACAGCUUUAUGAAGUCAACAGUGACACAUACACUGAGUGUGCAAAACAUGAGUCUUUUUCUGACGGCAAAGGGGGAUGUAACUCAAUACUAUGAAGCCGUUCCUAAUGUUUUGUACACUCGGUGUAAAUCAUUCAGUGUGUGAACCCAAGGCUUCCCAACCUCUGCCUAAAUUAUUCAGUUAGAUUGUGUAACAUUUGGUACCCUUUCAUUUCCUUAAUAAAAAGUAACUGCCCCUAAGAACCCAGCAAUCCCUUUGAAAACAGUAUGUGUGGCAUUGAUGUCAGAAACAUUUAUUCUAGUGUCAAAAUUGACUAAAAAGUGUACAUUGGAUACAUUUGGUAAUAAAGUCAGUAUCGUCUAAAACGGAGUUUGGAACCUCCGUGCUUCACAAGGAGUAAAUGAAGGUUGGGUUUGGAUUACGAUGUCAACAUAUCAUGCCCCCUUUUUCCAAGCUCCACGUGCACAACGCCCCUCCCCUCCUUGAAUGUGGCUUCAUUAUUUCAUCGCCCUCAACGCGUUCUAAAAAUCACGGCGUGAAAAGACCAAUACGGAUUGCACAGCCAACAACUAUGGUUUGCAUGCCCUGCCGAUGGACCCUAUCACGCGGAAUAGGUGGUUGGAGUUUAUUGUGGUCUCCAGUGGUGGUGAGUAUACCGUAGCUAGACCAUAGACUGAAGGUGAUGUAUAUUUUGAUCAUCAUUAUCACUGUGAUCUCUAGCAUAGCUGACUUUAGCUAACUAGUUAGGUACCAAGCUAACGUUAGCCUACAUCAAUACAACUCGGAUUUGGCUUGGAAACACGAUAACAUUUCAAAAGAAGGCAAAUAAUUAGUAGCAACACCUUUUGUAAUGAUUCUGAUGUCACCAGAUAGCCAGCCAACUAAUAUUGAGGAAACCACCAUAUUUUAGCUAGCUAACGUUAGCAUUAGCUAUCUUUGACGAUCUUUUCUAGUAACAGUAAUGACAACAUUGGCAUCUCUCUAAAGUAAAUUUGAUGACAUCAUAAUAUGGCAAAGUUGUUUCCUAAUAAUUAUUUGCGUACUUUAACAAUGUCAUCAUAUUUCCAUGCAGCUCUAAAUUAGUGUAAUUUAGUCGAAACUGUCACAUUAGCCUCCGAGGCGAGAUGCAACCCAUGUAGGGCACAAAUAGAUACUGAAUGCAGCUAGUUAUGGUGGUACAUGUCUGACAACAACAGUGUAGUGACUAGCAGCAACAAACUCAAACCAACCCAGGGCCAUAGCAAAAUAUGUCAUAGUUGGUUGCAUAGUGUAACGGCAUCACUGCCCUGAAUCUGAUCCAAUCUGGAGCCAGUCAGUUUACAUCUGUAAAACAUAGAAUUACGAUCCAAAUGAAAUGACGUUAUUUUUCGAGCUCUGUUUAUAAUUGAGGGAUGAUGAUAAUCCUUGACCCUGUUUUUCUGUUAGAUAAAGUGCACAGUUGGGUGCCAGACUGAUCCCCUGGUCAUGAAUGGACCUACCAAAAGGAGCAAAGGGAGUACCAAGAAGAGUAUGCCAGAGGUGUGGUGGAGAGGACCUGGAACUGAAGCCAAGAUACACACCUACACUGGCAACGCCAUGAACACCUACACAGGUCCUUCGUACGCACCAGUAUCUAUCUACAUCCUCAGGCUGCGGUCCAAGGAUCAGGACACCAGGGCUACUGUGUACCUCCAUGAGGGCUCUGGGAUCUCCUGGGCCUUUCCACAGCUUCCCUCUGACUCCCGUGUCCACACCCUGGGUGUAGGAAUGACCAGUGUCACCCUCAGCUGGGCCCCCAGUGCCUCCCUCAAAAGGCUGCACACCCAACGCAGAUAUGACUACUGUGUCCUCGUAAAUCGCAAACACAACUACCGCAACCUUUGUGCCGCCCAGGAGGGCAUCAGGAAGGAGCGGGAGAAAGACAAGAAAAGGGAGAAGGACAAACAGAGGAAAGUAACUGUGUGGCCGAUUCUCAAAGACUGGUGGUGGCAGCAGUGGGAUGCUGACACUGAGCUCCGGUCACUCGCUGCGCUCCGUGACGACUAUGGUCAUCUCCAAUGUGUUUGUAAGGGAACAGAGAGCGUGUGCACUGUCUCUGAGCUCGUCCCUGACACGCAAUACUACUUUGACGUAUUUUUGAUUGACAGGCUAAAUGGAACCAGUGCCGCAUAUACUGGAACAUUCGCUCAAACACACGAGGAGGCCCGACCAGCUAUCACACCACUUAGGGAAGGGGAGCUCCGGUGGGUGACCUUCCGGGAUGGAGGCUCAACCUCUGGGGAGUUCUUUAGCUUCCGCCCCCGGGGCUGGCAACAGAGUGGCCUGCUCACUCUACAGAGCUGCGGAAGCAGUGAGAAGAUCAACAUCACCGUUUCCAGCAAGGGCAAAGAGCUGAGCUCCCAGGCUGUGGGAGAAAACCUGGCUCAGAUCUGGCUCCAGGGCAGCCUUUCCUACCUCAUCCACUUGGAGAAAGAGGGAACGGCGGCUCCGAGACAAGCUGCUCCAGGAGUACUGAAGGCCUCUGUUAAGAUGCAGGCGUCCUCCACUUACCAUCGUCAAGGGAUACCUUCGCUCCCCUCCACUCUGCAGAUAAAGUCUUUCAACAGGCUCAGGAGCUGUGAAUCUGUCACCCUGGCCUGGAUGGGCACAGAGGAGAGGAGCCUUUACUGCGUGUACCGCCAGAGGCUGGGUAAAGGGGGGGGUAAGAAGGGAGGCACGGCACCCUGCCUGGGGCCUGAGUCACGGUCGGACACUGAGAGAGUCCUGUGUAAAUACUUCCAGGAGCUCAACCCUCGACGGGCUGUCACGACAGCCGUGAUCGGAGGCCUGGAGCCUGGGGUGGCCUACAUAUUUGAUGUCUAUCUAAUGAGACGCUGGGGGAUCCCCAUAAAGUACAGCAGCAAGACAGUGAGAACCAGGAAGGAGUGCUGAGCUGCUGCCCACUCCUAGUCUCAGUCUGCAGCAGCAUUGGACUUAACAAAGAGGUGAUUUAAAAAGACUUACCAUGACAAAGUCAUUCUACUACGAGGGAGACUGUUACGAAAUGUGGUACACCCUCUGAAGAGUGGUCACAUUUGAACACUGGUACUCAUGGAUUGGGUAGGAGUAGCAGAGGGGCGACUGCACACCAGCAAAAUUCAUUCCAUUUCAGUAACCUGUGCUUUUUGUCUUUUUGUUUAUAGUUGUUGAUGUUGUGCCAGUUGUCCAGGUACUAAUUGUGUGACCGAGUACAAAGGAGGAUAUGCGUUUUUGAUUAAUACAAAUUUUCAGUGAAGACUGUGCCAAGAAAUAUGCAACAGAAGCAGAUAGAGAUUUGACUAUACUUUGCAAUGGGGAGAGAGAACUUAUGGCAAGAACCUACAGUAUAUAUUUAGUGCUGCAAUGUUUUGUUUCAAUAUUCUAUAGGCUUAAAAAACAGAUAGGGUAAUCUAUUGAUGCUUAGCGCAAAGUCAAUGUGUAUCUUGUGUUCUGCUUUCGCAUGAAGUAGAUCAAAUUUGUUAGCGACUAGCUUCAUUGUCGUUGAUGUAUUAUUGUGCUAUACUUCAAAUACACCAAUAAACACACAUUAGGUAUCUGUA